AACAAGCAAAACAAUGAUGGUGAAAAUUCAAAGUUCAAUAUGUUUUUCCAUCUUCAUCUUCAUCAUCCUUCUCCUCUCUGAUCAGUCCAUUUGGGCUGUCUCCGGCGCCAUCCGGUGCCACCCGCAGGACAUGAAAGUUCUUCUAAAGAUCAAGAAUGACCUCGGCAAUCCUUAUGUUUUAACUUGUUGGAAUCCCCAAAUCGUAAAGGAUUGCUGUGACUGGUGUAGUAUAUACUGUGAUUUGGAAACCAACCGUAUCACCGGACUCUUCAUUUCCAAUAGCAACCUCUCCGCUCAGAUCCCUCUCUCCGUCGUUGACCUUCCCUACCUCGACAACCUUAGAUUCCACAAACUACCAAAUCUUAUCGGCAACAUUCCCCACAUCAUCACUAACCUCACCCACCUCAAAUAUCUCGACAUCAGCUGGACCAAUAUCUCCGGUCCAAUCCCAGAUUUCCUUAGCCAGCUUAACAAUCUCAACGACCUCGAUUUAUCUUUUAAUAAUCUAACCGGUACGAUCCCUUCUUCCCUAUCGGAACUCUCAAACCUAACCUAUCUCAACCUCCACGGGAACAAGCUCACCGGCUCCAUCCCAGAUUCAUUUGGAAAUUUCAAAGGAAAUCCCUCCCCCUACCUAAUUCUUUCCCACAAUCAACUCACCGGAAACGUCCCUAAAUCUCUAGCAGACUUGAAAUUCCCCGUUCUUGAUCUCUCUCGAAAUAACCUCCAAGGUGAUAUUUCCUUCUUCUUCGCACCCGACAAGGAUCUUCAAAGUCAUGAUUUCUCCAGGAACAUGUUUGAAUUCGAUCUCUCCAAGGUUGUUUUCCCCAAUACCCUUACUUCGCUAGACCUUAACCACAACAAAAUCUAUGGGAGCCUCCCGCAAGGACUCACUUCCUUGAACCUAGAAUAUCUGAAUGUGAGCUACAAUCGCCUCUGCGGUGAGAUUCCGGUAGGAGGUAAUUUGCAGACCUUUGAAACCACCUCAUAUUUCCAUAAUCGAUGCUUGUGCGGGGCUCCAUUGCCGCCAUGCAAACUGUAAUUAGAUCGAUUCGAUUUCGGAUGGAAUUAAUUACAUAUCAUCAAAUCUUAAUGUUGUUGUU